CACUGCCCCAUAACCUCCAAUCUCAAAAUCCCUGAAUAAAAGAAACACAAAACGAACAAGAAACAGAGGCAUUAGCAAAUCUGACCGGCACCCAUUUGUUUCAUUUUCAUAUUUCGACGUAAAGAUCAUGAAGAAAACCAGAGGGUUCAAGCUUGGGCGCAAGCUAGUGAAGGUUUUCAAAUGGAUAAUACGGCCUAGGAGAAGAAGAAACUUGAGGAAUAGUUUGUUGGGAAGCUACAACCCUCUAUCAAGACUCCGCUCUUUUUUUCGACGGGGAACCAAGGGGCUGUGUGAUUCGGACUCGGAUCCGGGUUACAUUCAACUGGGCGGAAAGGAAGCGAAGCGGGUUGGAGUUCCGAAGGGGCACCUUGCUGUGUACAUCGGCGAAUCGGACGGUAAUACGAGGAGGGUGCUGGUGCCUGUCAAUUAUUUUAAUCACCCUCUUUUUGGUGAGCUGUUGAAGAAAGCGGAGCGGGUUUACGGGUUCAGUCAAUCGGGUGGAAUCACGUUGCCCUGCGGAAUUUCCGAGUUUGAGAAUGUUCAGAUGAGAAUCGCCGAUUGGGAUCAUAGCCGCCGGAGACAACACCGCCGUUAUUUGUAGUUACACGUUUCGCCCCUAACUUCGGUG